ACUAUUUAUUGCUUGACCGCCGCUCGCGGCGGUAGUCACUUGUUUCUUAUCAUGGUCAAUUUCAAGUCGAUAAUGUUGUCAACCUUUAUAUCAGUGUUUAUAAUUUUAACCAUUUUGGCGAGUAUAAGCGGAGAUUGGGUGUUUAAUAGCAUAUUAAAUCAUUCUGUUUCAUGUGACCACAACAAAACUCUAAACAGAGAUGUCUCCAGAGUCCAAGUAUACUUCUACGACUUCAAGAACAAUUAUAAUAAUAGCUACCCCAUUGACACUGCCUCAGAAGAGCUUACUAAAUCUUAUAAUCUAGACGUUACCAGAAAACUAGUAUUCUUCGUCCCUGGCUUCAAGUCAAACAUAACCAGAAAAACGGAAGAACUUAUCAGACAAACCUUCAAGGAUGUACAAGAUACCUAUCUUAUUAUUAUAGAUCAUUCUCCAUACACUUCACUAGUACACGGUAAAUCAGACAGCUAUAGCUACGGCAGAGCAGUAUCCCAUGUAUACUAUAUAGGGAGAGCACUAGGAAAAUUCUUAUCUGAUUUGAGAGCGAAAGGAUUUCCAUCUUCGAAAAUUCAUUGCGUUGGCCACAGUUUGGGAAGCCAGAUCUUGGGCAACGCGGGUUAUGAAUUCAAUAUGCUGACUAAAGAAAAGGUUUGGAGAAUAACUGGGAUAGAUCCUGCUGGCCCUUGCUUCUCUAAUAGUUUUAUCGAAGAGCAGAUCCGCUCAGGGCUUGCGGAAUACGUGGAGGUAUACCAUUGCAAUGCCGGCGGAUUAGGAACAACCAGUGUCUUGGCUGACGCAGAUUUUUUCCUUAAUAAAGGAUAUAAGCAGCCUGAUUGUAACGAAGGACUUUUACCGGUGAAAGGAGACUCUGACCAAGCGAAAUGUAGUCACAAAGCUUGCGUCACGCUCUGGGCUAAGACGGUCCAUUACCCUGGAGCGUAUUUGGCGUGGGCGUGCGAUUCAUAUAAGUCCUUCUCAAAAGGAAAGUGUGCUGGAAAUGAAGUUACUAUUGCUGGAUAUUCAAACCCUGGGAACGCUACUGGAGUGUUCUAUGCGUCUACUGAUGGAUAUGGAAUUUAAUAUGUUGUGGAAAUCCAAUUUGCAAUAUAUAGCGUCUAUCUUUCAUAAGAUCACAUAUUCUUGCAGUUAGGUAGUACAUAUAGGCCUAAAUAAAUUAACUUGCAAAUGUUUUACUAAUAAAAAUUAAUUUAAAUAGUAGUUCAGCACGCAAUGUAUCAGUGCUUUGUUUUUAUUCAAAACGUCGCACUUACUGCUGCGACGUCACAUCACAAGUGUCACAACUGUCACAAGUGAAUACUAACUAUGUACGCAAUACACUUGUCAUCCUCGAUACGACAAAAAUUCACAAAUUAAUUGCACUUUAGUUAAGGCUAAAUUAAAAACUUCUUUUAAAAUCGCUUCAUGGCACUAAAACCUACGCUUUGAAUCAAUUUGGGAUUGUAUUAAAAAUGUUCACUGUAUAGGUGUGAAGGUUAGAUCUCUAGACAUUUUAAAUUUCACGCCUUUUUCCACUGGCAAAUUGGUUUCCCACACUGUAGUUAAUUUAAAAUAUCGUGAUUAGGUAGACUACUAGAGACUGAUUGUUGAUUUCGCUAUCAACUUGAAAUUACAAUUAAAUA